UUCUUCAAAAUCAAAAGUAUCCACAACUCAAAUUUCCAUUUCCUCUGUUUGUGCUUAGUCCACUUUUCUCACUCGAAAAUCCCAUUCGUAAAAACUAUAAUGGCAUACUCAAAGGUGAUUAUUGCUCUAAUGUUGGCGUUUAUCGCUGGAUCUGCUUUCGCACAAGCACCGGGAGCAUCUCCGGCAGCUUCUCCGAAGAUUUCACCGGCACCGGUAGCAUCACCACCGGUGGCGACUCCUCCUUCAACUACGUCAACAUCACCUGUCUCUGCUCCUGCAAAUGCUCCUACUACUGCAUCUUCUCCAUUGGCAUCUCCACCAGCUCCACCAACUGUCGAGACUCCGGCGUCGUCUCCUUCCGGUGCUGCUUCUCCUCCAUCCAUUGCCGCCGCUCCUACUGAUUCUCCUAACUCUGCUUCCUUGAACAGAGUCGCAGCUGCCGGAUCUGCUGUUGUAGCUGUCUUUGCUGCUGCUUUGAUGCUCUAAAUCUCUGAUCUGUGAAAUAUUUUGCGUUUUUUUCAUUCGCCGGAAUUGAUGGAGUUAGGGUAGCUGAUUUAUUUGUAUUAUAUAUAUAUUGUUAUUGUUGAAUACUAUUACGGAAUUCUUUAUUUAUUUAUGGAGAGCAUUAUUAUUAUUAU